AUGUGGGUCCGAUUCUUCGAUGAUCCAGGAGUGGAUCUUCCUGCGGUGCCUGAUGAUCUGACCGGUCGUGAGCUCCAGCAAAUGAUCCAAGAGCUACUGCCCCAGAAGGCAGGUAGCAAAGUCGCCUUGCAGCAUGGACCUGAGUUGCUCUCCAUGAAGAAGACUCUGAAGGAGCUGCACUUGGACCUGGUAGAAGCUAGGAUCAUCGAAAGAUGUCAAGAUGAUCACUGCUGGUCGAAUUGGGAGUCGGGACUAAGAACUGGUGAUGUGACCUAUGUGUACCUGCCCGUGAAUUUGCAAGAGGCUUGGAAGUGGCUCCAAGCCGUGGAUGACGGGGAAUGGGAGAGGAGGAACGGUGCUUUAGAUGGAGUAAUUCAAGUGGCAGGGAUCCAUUCUGGAGACCAAUUGACCAGACUUCCUUGCGGCCUUCGAAGUCUCACCUUUGACCAGGAUUUCAACGAGAGCUUGGAAGGGGUGAUUUGGCCAGGCAGUCUUCAGAAUUUGACCUUCGGCCAUGAUUUCAACCAGAGCUUGGAUGGUAUGACUUGGCCAAGCAACCUCCAGAACCUCGCAUUUGGCUGGAAUUUCAACCAGAGUUUGAACCGAGUGACUCUGCCCAAUCAUCUCCAAACACUCACGUUGAACGGGGAAUUCAGCCAAUCUUUGAAGGACGUCAAGUGGCCCCAGAGCCUUCGAGAACUGACCUUGGGGUACAAGUUUAAUCAGAGUCUGCACGGCGUGACUUGGCCCGAGCAGCUGCUCAGUCUGACGUUCGGCUGCAUGUUCAACCAGAGGUUGAACAGAGUGACUUUGCCUUGCAAGCUCCAGAAUCUCACUUUUGGCCGAGACUUUAAUCAGAGUUUGGACUGUGUGGCUUUACCCCACACCCUGCAGAAUCUCCAGUUUGGUUUGCACUUCAACCGGAGUUUAAAGGGUGUGGUUUGGCCGGAGAGCCUUCAGAACUUGAAGUUUUGCCAUGAUUUUAACCAGAGCUUGGAUGGAACCAACUGGAUCGACCGCCUCCAGAAUUGGGCCUUUGGCUCUGUCAAGAGAACAAGAACGGAAAAGGCCUCCCUGCCACAGAACCUGCGGAAUCUCGAGUUCGGCACGAAGUUCAACCAACGCUUGAACGGUGUCACUUGGCCGGAUGGACUUCAAAAGAUCACGUUUGGCGCUGAUUUCGACCAGAGUUUGGAAGGUGUGCUUUGGCCACACAAUUUACACAGUCUGAUCUUUGGACGCAAUUUUAACCAAAGUUUAGACGGCCUCACAUGGCCAAAGAACCUGCAGAAUCUGACUUUUGGAUUUGCCUUCAACCAGAGCUUGCAGGGUAUCACGUUUCCAGGCCGACUCCAGACUUUGACUUUCGGCCAGCAGUUCAACCAGAGCUUGCAGGGUGUGACUUGGCCCAACCUUGAGAAUCUCAAUCUGACCCUGGGCACCUUCAACGGUUUGGAAGCUUUGAGUUGGCCCGACGGCCUCCGGGCUCUAAGCUUGAGCAGCGGAUUCCCGCGGAGCUUCAAAGGCAUUGCUUGGCCCCAGAGUUUGCAUCAUUUGACCUUGAGUCAUGGUUUCAAUACUCCUUUGCAAGGUGUUACUUGGCCCCAAAAACUCGAGAGCCUGACGUUUGGAGUGGAUUUUAAUCGAAGUUUGGAAGGGGUCACUUGGCCGGACCACCUGCAGUUUCUGAGUUUUGGUGAUUACUUCGACCAGAGCUUGAACGGUGUCAUUUGGCCCUGCAGCUUACAGACUCUGACCUUUGGCACUUACUUCGACCAGAGUUUAGACGGCGUGAUUUGGCCACAAAGCUUAAAGACUCUGACUUUUGGUGAUUCCUUCAGCCAGAGUUUGGACGGUGUUAUUUGGCCACAGAAGCUCCUGAGCCUGACAUUUGGUUGGUGCUUCAAUCAGAGGUUGGAUGGAGUCAAAUGGCCAGAGACUCUCGAAAAUCUGUCAUUUGGUAAUGAUUUCAAUCAAAGUUUGUCAGGCGUGGCUUGGCCAGGCAGGCUCCAAAAUCUGACAUUUGGUGAUUCAUUCAACCAGGGUUUGAAAGGUGUGACUUGGCCCGACAGCAUGCAGACUUUAACCUUUGGUUUGCACUUCAAUGAGAAGAGUUUGGAAGAUGCAACCCUCCCCAGCAGACUGAAAUCCUUGAGAUGCUGUAAUGUAUUAUUGAGUGUAUACAUUGAUUCGCACCGAGAGUAA